AUGGAAAAAUUGGGGCCAGACUGGCUGCGUUCGCCCGCUGCAGGGGCCCGAGGGCCGCGCGUCAUUCAGUGGAGUAGAGCGGACGCCCACGAGCGCGCCUCCGCUCCCGGCGGGCUGGCUCCACCAGCAGCGAUCCAUAACCCUGGCCCGCAGAUCAGCGCGGUGCAGAUCGGCGCGGUGCCCGCCGACUGGGCCGAUCGCAUAAUUGAGACGUUUGGUAUCAUUUUGAACAGCAUCAAACAGCAGUACCUUCUUUGUGUAAUGACACCUGAAACGAGUACCAGCAUUCGAGAUGUUUUGCUGGAUCUGAAGGUCGACCGCAACCCCACACGAGCAUCGGAGCACGAAGAAUUCAUUGCCAACAUCAACAGACAGGAGCUGGCUCGCAACGAGGUGGCGCUGCUGGAGCGGCGCGCGGAGGAGGCGGAGGAGGAGGUGAAGAUGGCCACGGCCAAGAUAAAUUGUAUUCACCUAUAA